AUGAGUAAAAAGGACUCCUACAAUAUGUUUGUAGAGAUGGAAAAGGUGGAUGGGGAGAUGGAGGUCCAGAUCAAGAGAAAGAAAAAAGGAAAAAAGGAGAGGCUGGAGAACAUGAAAAGGGAAAUGGACAUUGAUGACCAUGAGAUUACCAUAGAGGAACUUGAAAUGAAAUACACAACUAGUGUUACAAAGGGUCUGACCACCACCUUUGCACAACAAAUCCUGGAAAGGGAUGGACCAAAUGAGUUAAAGCCUCCCAAGGGCACCCCUGAAUAUGUGAAAUUUGCCCGGCAGCUGGCGGGAGGGCUACAGUGCCUGAUGUGGGUGGCAGCUGUCAUCUGCUUCAUAGCCUUUGGCAUUGAGUAUGCCAAGGGAGACCUGUCCAGUGAUGACAAUCUGUACCUGGCAAUCACUCUGAUUGCUGUGGUGGUUGUGACGGGAUGUUUUGGCUAUUACCAGGAGUUCAAGAGCACCAAUAUAAUUGCCAGCUUCAAAAAUUUGGUACCACAGCAAGCUAUAGUAAUCAGGAAUGGGCAGAAGAACCAGAUCAAUGCCAACAUGUUGGUAGUGGGUGAUUUGGUGGAGAUUAAGGGUGGAGACCGUGUGCCGGCUGACGUCCGCAUCAUCACAGCUCAGAGUUGUAAGGUAGACAAUUCUUCUCUUACAGGGGAGUCUGAACCACAGAACAGGACUCCUGAGUGCACCCAUGAGAACCCUUUGGAGACACGUAACAUUGCCUUCUUCUCUACAACCUGCCUUGAGGGAGUGGCCACAGGCAUUGUCAUCAAUACAGGUGACCGCACAAUUAUCGGCCGCAUUGCCAGUCUCGCUUCUGGGGUGGGGAAUGAGAAAACCCCAAUAGCCAUUGAAAUUGAACACUUUGUGGACAUUAUUGCUGGGCUGGCCAUCUUCUUUGGCUUCACUUUCUUUGUGGUGGCCAUGUUCAUUGGUUACGCCUUCCUGGAGGCCAUGAUCUUCUUCAUGGCCAUUGUUGUAGCCUAUGUUCCAGAGGGACUUCUUGCCACUGUUACUGUGUGUCUGUCCUUGACAGCUAAGCGACUUGCAAGUAAGAACUGUGUUGUGAAGAAUUUGGAGGCUGUAGAGACCUUAGGUUCUACUUCAGUUAUCUGCUCUGAUAAGACGGGCACACUGACCCAGAACCGUAUGACGGUGUCGCAUCUGUGGUUCGACAACCAGAUCCAUGCUGCUGAUACCACUGAAGACCAGUCAGGUCAAAGUUUUGACCAGUCAUCAGAAACAUGGCGAGCUCUUGCAAGGGUUGCAGGACUCUGUAACAGAGCUAUAUUCAAACCUAAUCAGGAGACUGUGCCCAUCCCAAAGAGAGAAGUGGUGGGUGAUGCUUCUGAGACUGCCCUACUGAAAUUCACAGAGCUAACCAUCGGUAACAUUGUGGAGUAUAGAAAUCGAUUCAACAAAGUCUGUGAAAUUCCAUUCAACUCCACAAACAAAUUCCAGUUGUCAAUACAUGAAUUAGAAGACCCAUUAGAUUUGCGCUACCUGCUGGUGAUGAAGGGAGCACCAGAGAGGAUCCUGGAGUGUUGCGCCACCAUACUUAUUAAGGGUCAGGAACUUCCCCUGGAUGAGCAGUGGAAGGAGGCCUUCCAGACAGCUUAUAUAGACUUGGGAGGUCUGGGUGAGAGAGUGCUUGGCUUCUGCCACAUAUACCUUAAUGAGAAAGAGUUUCCCCGAGGCUUCCGCUUUGAUACUGAUCAGAUGAAUUUCCCCACGUCGGGUUUGUGUUUUGCUGGCCUCAUCUCCAUGAUUGACCCACCACGUGCCACUGUUCCCGACGCUGUCAAGAAGUGCCGUACAGCUGGCAUCCGGGUUGUCAUGGUGACAGGUGAUCAUCCAAUUACAGCAAAGGCUAUUGCAGCGAAUGUGGGUAUCAUCUCAGAGGGCAGUGAGACGGUGGAGGACAUUGCCCACAGACUACGUAUUCCUGUGGAGCAGGUUAACAGGAGGGAUGCACGUGCCUGUGUCAUAAAUGGUGGGCAGCUGAAAGAAAUGUCCAGUGAUGAGCUGGAUGAGGCCUUAAAGUGCCACCCAGAGAUGGUGUUUGCCCGUACCUCACCACAGCAAAAGCUCAUUAUUGUGGAGAGCUGCCAGCGAUUGGGAUCCAUUGUAGCUGUGACGGGGGAUGGAGUGAAUGAUUCCCCAGCCCUGAAGAAGGCUGACAUUGGAAUUGCUAUGGGAAUAGCUGGGUCUGACGCUGCAAAAAAUGCCGCUGAUAUGAUUCUGCUUGAUGACAAUUUUGCUUCCAUUGUGACUGGGGUAGAACAGGGUCGCCUGAUCUUCGACAAUCUAAAGAAAUCCAUUGCCUACACUUUGACCAAAAAUAUCCCGGAGCUCACACCCUACCUUAUUUAUAUCACUGUCAGUGUGCCUCUUCCCUUGGGCUGCAUCACUAUCCUCUUCAUUGAGCUUGCCACCGAUAUUUUUCCCUCUGUGUCUCUAGCAUAUGAGAAAGCAGAGAGUGAUAUAAUGCACCUGAAGCCUAGAAAUCCACGGCGGGACAGACUGGUCAAUGAAGCAUUGGCUGUCUACUCUUACUUCCAGAUUGGUGCAAUCCAGUCAUUUGCUGGCUUUACAGAUUACUUUACAGCCAUGGCGCAAGAGGGCUGGUAUCCCCUGCUGUGCGUGGGGCUAAGAUCUUAUUGGGAGAACACUCACCUUCAGGACUUACAGGAUAGCUAUGGUCAGGAGUGGACAUAUAGCCAACGCAUGUACCAGGAGUACACUUGCUACACUGUCUUCUUUGUCAGCAUUGAAAUCUGUCAGAUUGCUGAUGUCUUAAUUAGAAAGACUCGCCGGCUGUCUGUCUUCCAGCAGGGGUUCUUCAGAAACAAGGUGCUGGUUGCUGCCAUAAUCUUCCAGCUCUGUUUGGGAAACCUGUUGUGCUACUGCCCAGGAAUGCCUAAUAUUUUUAACUUCAUGCCCAUUCGAGUUCAGUGGUGGUUUGUUCCAUUACCUUAUGGAAUUCUGAUCUUCAUCUAUGAUGAGAUUCGUAAACUGGGUGUGAGAAGAUAUCCAGGGAGCUGGUGGGACCAGGAGUUGUACUACUGAAUGAGAAGAACUUCAUUGUUCAUUUUUGGGGAAAAUGGAAACAAACCUAUUUAAUAACUAAUUAACUAUGUACUGGAAAUCCCAGUGCUCUCUAUGCAUAGAAAUGUGUGCUGUAUAACUAAAAUAUAUAAUAUUUGUAUUUAUGUGUAAUUCAAAGUAAAAAAUUAGAUUUAAAGAUUUUUAUAAAUUUAGGUUUAUUCAGACAAUUGGGGAAAAUGGUACAUAUUUAAUCACUCUAUUUACAUAACCAGUUCUCCAUAAAGAAUUCAAACUCAGUGCAUAGGUAAAAUAAAAGGUGAAAAGAAUGCUUUAAUUGUGUCUUGAGUAGUUUUUGCCUUGGUGUCAUGAGUUGUAAAUGGGGCUUUCCUGUGCAACAUCUGUGAUAAACUGUAAAGCUUUCUGUCCAGCAUCUCUGCCUUGUGACACAGAAACUUGCUUUUUACAAUUACAUGUAAAACAAAUCUGGGAAAUUAUAGGCUGUACAGCACUGUUUUAAGGACAUUUUAAACAAACAUUACCUAUGUACCGCUUGUAAACAAAAAUGCAAAACAGUCUAUAUAAACAUAUUCUCAUUCAUGAUCAUGUGUUUAGAUAUUAUUAAAAAUGUAGAUAUUUUUUGCUGCAAUAAUCAAUAAUGCAAAUUCACAUAUCAAACCAACCACAACAGUGGCUUGUGAUCUAAUUGUUAAGUACAUAACUUGUAAAAACACAAGAAAUUUUCAAAUCAGAGGAGGCCAUGUGGCCCAUCAAGCUUGUUUGGGGGGAACUCAACUCAGAGUUGUUAAAAUCUUAUCUGUCAAGAACCGAAGGGGUUCUGGGGCAAGGGCGUGGCAUGGUGCAGGCUGGGAAGAAGGUGGACGAACCACUGGCGGGUCAGGGAACAUGGGGGUUUAUUAACAAUACAGAAAACACUAGAAGCACUUACUAAACAAAAACAGACCACGAGGGGACAAAACUAAAAAGGGUAUAACAAUGACUAACUAGAGACGGAUUAGGGCAUUAGGACAAGGUGCAGGUUGGCAGGCAAAGUACAAAUAACACAACUAAAAUACAACAAUGACCCACUAGGGAAUUUAACUAAGACAGGAACUUCAAUACAAAAACUAAAACAGAUAACGACACAGCAGGAGUGAGAUAUGAGACAAUUAACCAAUCAGGGAGGGUGCAGGACAAUGAGCAAUCAGGAAACACACAAGGAUUGGCACAAGAACAGGCAACAGGUGAAGGUAAUAACUGACUCGAGAGACUCAAACUAAGAGAAACUAAGAAAAAUAAUCUACACUAGGGGAAUAACAUACCGGUAAAACACAACCACGGGCACACAUUGUUCCGUAAAGACCAUAUAGGUAAGAAGGGAGGUGGUGUUGCAGUAUAUGUAAAGGAAAACUUGCAGGCAAGGGAGCUUACUGAUAUAAGUAAAAGUACGGAAGCUAUAUGGGUAAAAUUAGAUGCUACAAACUCAAAUAGCCUUAUUGUCGGUGUUUGUUACAGAGCACCCAAUGUAGCUGCUGAGGAAAGCAGAUUGUUAUACAGUGAUA